AUGGCGUGCAUGGGAUCUUGUUUUGCAAUCGUGCUGAUUGAUGGUAGAGAACGCGUUGUAGAAUAUGAACGACGCAUCCAGAACCUGGAGAACCUGCUCAAAGAAAGAAGCGAGUUGCAACCGCAGGUCCAAAGUCAGCCCCUGCAACCUCUCCCGCUACACGACCCAAGUGAAUCGAUAUCUCUGUCAAUGUGGGUAGACACCCUCCGCACAGAAGUUGAACAGUAUCCCAUUCAGGUCUCUUCCGACCUCGAUCCCUCCACCUACCAAGGGACGUAUCGGAUGACAGGAUCGGCAUCUUCUAUGUCCGGAUUCAACACCUCAGUCAGUCACGAGCCCUCCGAAGAAGCCGUGCUCCCGUCUGUGGAUAACUACGAACCCUCUGCAGACUUCGAAGAGGACGCAGCGCUACUACAAGAUCCCUUGUUUCAACCACCAUCUGGACUGGAAGACCUCACUGUGAACGACUCAGUCAUUGUGCCGAGUACCAUGUGCGCAAAGAGCCUUCCCGAACCGGAGCUUGGAGCGUCGCUGCUGGCCGAAUUCUUGGUCGAUUUUAACACGGUCUAUGGACUUUACCGCCCUAAUGAGAUAGCAGAGCACAUUAGGAUAUGCUACGAGGGGUAUUCAGACGGUACUGCCCUUGCGUGGGCGAGCGCCUACGUUGUGCUGGGUAUUGCUCAUCGAGCGCGUGCGCAGAGCAACAUAGCCACGCCCAUGGAUAACGAGCUCGCAGACUACUACCUCCACAGGAUUCUACCGACUGUGUCUGGCUUGUUGAUUGCGCCGCCAACGCUGGGCCUGGUGCAGUGUUUGAUUGGGCUUGCCAUGCUCAUCCGUACUUCUUCACACUCACAACCAAGUGGGGUUUUCAUAUCGACUGCGCUCCGGAUAGCGCAAUUCCUCGCAUACGAGCAGGAAGACGGUGAUGAUCUUUCCACCCAAGUCGCCAAGGUCGAUGUCGAGCAGCAACGCCGCGUCUUCUGGUGCGCAUUCAUGCUCGACACUGUGGAAUCCAUCUUCUCCAACGCCCCGACCACCCACCGCAAAGAAGACAUCCGCGCCCCCUUCCCCGACGAAAACCCACAGGAUUCUCUCGGCUCAGUUGCUGCUGCAGAGGGUGACUGGAAAGUCAACCUCUUCGCGCUGCGCAUCCGCCUCGCGCUCCUCCAGUCCGACGCCAUCGAACAAGUUUUCUCGAUCAGCGCGCGCGGAGGCGACCGCGAGGCCGCGGCGCGGGACGUUUUAUCCCGCCUGCAGGCCUGGCGCGAUAACGAGGUCUUCCGGCACAGCCCCGAGCAGCUGAUGCAGCUGCUGUACCGCUCGGACCUGAUGCAUGUACUCGCGGUGGAGGCCUCGUACUUCGCGACCGUGUUCCGUAUCCAUGCGUUCCUCUCGUUGGGCAAGAAUCCCCUCGUGAACCCGUUUUCAGCGGACGUGUUGGCGAUUCUGGCGGGCACGAAGGAGCACGGGGCGUACAAGGAUGCAGAAAGACUGCUCACGCAUCUAACGCUGAUUCCGCAUGGCGAUAUUGGGGUGUGCUGGAUGAUCAAACGCCCUGUAAUUGCAGCGUUGACCACGGUGCUGGCGCAUCACGUGCAUGCGCUGGAUAGUACGCUGAAUUCUGACACUAUGCGUGAAUACGCGCGUAUCUUGAAUACGCUCCGGAUCCUGGCUGAGAAGAGCCAGGAUCUAGAGCUGCUGCGGGCGAGAGAUGUGUGCAUGGCAAUGUAUUCACGGGUCGAGACGGGGCUGCGGGUGCGGUGGUUGGAGGAGCAUGUUGAUGCUGUUGGGAUUGGUAGUAAUCGCCACUCGCAGACGCUGGCAUAG